UCUUAAAGAAAGCUUGCAAUUGAAAAAAUUAUUUUUCGUUGCUAAAAAUACAACCCUUACACUUCUUUCCUUUUUUUAAUUUUCAAUAAGAAAAUUGUGAUCAGAAACUGCACCAACCUAGCAUUGUAAUGUCACAUGGAACUGAGUAUUACAUAACUUUGUACAAUCGUCGUUUUUUCGAAAUUAGUAACAAAAGAGAAAUCUUUUUUUAGGUUAAAUUUACUAAUAAUGUUUAAAAGUUGUUGCAGGUGCAAUUUCGUGAAAAUAAUUAAUAGUAGUUACUUAUUACAUGGACCAAAUAUAUAUUAUUCCACUGUAGAGAUAGCUUCUGAGAACAAUAAUAUUUCAAUAGAUAAACCUAAACCUGACAUUAAGGCAAGAGUGAGAGCUAAGAAAAAACCGACUACAGAUGUCAUCUCUCAAAAGCUAUCAGACAAGUCAAAAGAAAGAGCAGUUCCUUCGAGCAGGAUUUCGCGUAUGCUUAACUAUGGAGGAUUGGUUGCUGGUUUGGGGCUUGGUGCUCUUAGUGAGUCAGUAAGGAAACAAAUAGGACUGAGUGCUGCCAAUACAUAUUCAGAUAGUUCAUUUUUGUCUGAAGCUAACAUUGAAAGAAUUGUAUCAACAUUGUGCAAAGUCAGAGGUGCAGCUUUAAAGUUUGGACAAAUGUUAAGUAUACAAGACAACAAUUUCAUUCCAAAAGAAGUACAACAAUUGUUUGAUAGGGUUCGGGCCAAUGCUGACUUUAUGCCUCAAUGGCAAACAGAACAAUUGUUGUCUUCAGAGCUAGGAAAUGAUUGGAAAAGUUUAUUUAAAGAGUUUAAUAUGAUGCCAUUUGCUGCUGCAUCUAUUGGUCAAGUUCAUCAAGCAGUUACUCUCAACAAUAUACCAGUUGCUGUUAAAAUUCAGUAUCCUGGUGUUGCUGAAAGUAUUGACAGUGAUAUAGACACACUUCUUUCCAUAUUAAAUUUCUCUAAAAUACUUCCUGAAGGUUUGUUUUUGGAGCAAGCAGCCGAUGUUGCUAGAAAAGAACUUUCUUGGGAAGUAGAUUAUAAGCGGGAAGCUCAGUCGUCUGCAAAAUUCAAAGAACUAUUAGAUGGUGAUGAUGACUAUUUUAUUGCUGAUUGUUUUCCUCAUCUGUCUACAAAGAGAAUUCUCACUACUGAACUUCUUCAAGGAGUGCCACUUGAUGAAGUUGCUUUUAUGGAUCAAAAUACAAGAAAUAGGGUAUCAAUAAUGGUUCUUAGACUUUGUUUGCGUGAGUUAUUUGAAUUUAAUUAUAUGCAGACUGAUCCAAAUUGGUCCAACUUUUUUUACAAUAAAGAGACAGAUCAGUUAUGUUUGUUAGACUUUGGCGCAUCUCGUGCGUAUAAUAAAAGCUUUGUGGAUGUUUACAUAAAAGUUAUUGAUGGAGCCGCUCGUUGUGAUACUCGUGUUGUUGAAUCACUUCUUACGAAAUUGGGUUUUCAAACAGGAUACGAAUCGAAGGCUCUAAUAAGUGCAAAUGUUGAGGCCGUAAUGGCGCUAGGAAAACCAUUUGCAAAUGAUGAAGUAUUUGAUUUCUCUAAACAAGAUAUUACUUAUAAAAUAAAAGAGCUCAUACCAACAAUGUUGCGUCAUCGUCUUACUUCACCACCAGAAGAAAGUUACUCGCUUCACCGAAAACUCUCCGGCGCUUUUCUGUUGUGCACAAAGCUAAAUGCAAAAAUCAAUUGUUAUAAUAUAUUUCGAGAUAUUUAUGACUCUUACGAUUUUAAAUAAACUUCGGUUUGUUUUUA